UUGCGAUGCGUGUCAUGUGACAGGCCUCUGUGAGAAAUGCCAACAUGGAACCGUGGCAAGGACGAUGUUCUUCCCAACAAUAACAUUGAAAGGGACAUCUGGAUUCAUCCUAUGUCGUACAUCCACAACCCGGACAUUUCAAUCCAUAUUUACGCGAGUGUUUACAAAUCGUGGCAAUACCUUCAGCCUUCCUCUGAUCUGCGCACCAACAAAUGGUCUCCAUAAGUGACAAAGUGGUGGCCACUGCUAAUGAAUCAUUUGCCGACCAUGCCUUGGCCACCUUGCCCUUCAUGGAAGUGGGCGGCAGCGAGAGCAGCGAGAGGGGCAGCUCCAUCUCAUGCUCCAGUCCCGAAACCGGAGAUGCUGGAGCCCAACUCAGCUACAGCCCAGGGGAGGAAGAUGAGGACGAUGGGCCGCUGCAGAUCUUCUUAGACUCCACUGAGGAGAUGUUGAUUCAGCCACCCAAGCUGCCUGAUUUUAUACCCCAGCUCUCAAGUACCUUCUCUCCAACCCUGGAGGACAUUGAGGAGUUCCUGAUGGAGAAAAUGGAGCUUUUGAGAGAUGCUCCUCUGAGCCCGGAGGAAAAGUCAAAGGAGGAUGAACCUCCCAUACAGCCGUCUUCCCCCGGUGACACCGAGCCGGAAUCCAGCCCGACCACAACAACGCCUCCUGCCGCUCAGAGUGUUAACACGACGGCUAGUGCCGCACCGGUGCUCGUCGGUGCUCCGUUUGUGCUUCAGUUACAACCUCUCCAGCUAAGCCACGCCCUCCCACAGCCAGACACCCAAGCCAACGGGCUUCGGGUGGCCCACCUGGUGCUUGGUGUCCAAGGGGCACAGAACAUUACCCUUCUUUCACCGCAGGUGCCCUCAGCAACUCUCCUCCCCAUCGUGGGCGAGGCCGUCAACCAAGACCAAAAGUAUGUGAAGAUCGCUCCCCUGCCUAUUGCCGUCAGGGCGGUCGGAAUAGCAGGCACAGGCCUAGUCAAAGCCAUCACACCACGUCCAUCCAGGUCCUCCACGGAAACCUUGCGGGUACAUAAAUGCUCUCACCCAGGGUGUGAGAAGAUGUACACCAAGAGCAGCCACCUGAAGGCUCAUUUCCGCAGACACACGGGAGAGAAACCCUACCUGUGCAGCUGGCCAGACUGUGGGUGGAGGUUCUCUCGCUCUGAUGAGCUGUCCCGCCAUCGGCGGUCUCAUUCGGGAGUCAAGCCUUAUGAGUGCACAAUGUGCGACAAAAAGUUCGCCAGGAGCGACCACCUAUCCAAACACACCAAGGUGCACCGGGGUCCUCGCGCCGGCAGACUGGUCAGGGCAAACGUCUGAUCCUCGGAUAAACCUGGAGUGUGAUUCCUGGAGCCUGAGAGGGAAAGCUAUGAUAUCUAAUCGGGCCAACAGCCCGAAACCCUCCGCCUUCAUUUUUGUCUCUGUUUCCUCCCCCACUUUUUUAUCGUUUAUCCAGAUGUUUGUUUAUCUUGGUGCUACAGUCAGCUAACUUGAAACUCAGGGAUGUGAUUGUUAAGCUCAAAACAGAUUUCUGGCUUUUUUUUGUGGGCUGAAGUAAAGCUCACAGUCGAUUUCAUCACGUUUCGUCCUUCGCUGGUGUAAAUCUACAGUCUGAGCUGCAACAGUUUUCGAGCUGUUUUUAUUGCCUUUAAACCGAGGUUGCAAGAAAGUCUGGAGAUCUAAAGGGCAAUACGGAGAAACGUAUUUCUUGUACAGUUUGUGAAUAUUGUGUUAUAGAUCUAACCAGGUGAAAAUAUAAAAGGAGUACAGUAUUUAGCGCAGUAUUAUGCUGCAGAAUUUCCCUUAAAUUAAGACAAUAUGCACUAAGAUUUAAGCUAUGAAAUUAUGCAUUAUCAACAUGGCCUCUUCCAGGGUGAAUCUCAAGAAAAAUGUUAAGAAAUGCAAUAUUUAGUUGUAUUCUACCCAAAAAUAUUAAGUAAAACAAAGAAUGUUUUACGUAUGAGUUACAUAAAGAAAAGUUUUUAUAACAGUGAAGUAUAUUUAACCCUUAAAAUUGUCAGUAGCCAUGCAAAAAUCUCAUUAUCGUUACUGUAAUGCAAAAACAUCUUAUUCUUAUUAUCAUACUGUAAAACAAAUUCAAAAAUCAAUAAUCGCAAUUAAUCGCAUACAAAAUAAAAGUUUGAGUUUGCCUAAUGUAUGUGUUUGUACUAUGUAUAUAAUAAUACACACGAAUGUAUAUAUUUAAGAGAAAUAUAUUAUGUACAAAAUAUUUGUAUUUAUAUAUUUAAUAUAAAUGAUAUAAAAAUAUAAGUACAUAUACUUCUCACAUAUAUACAUGAAUGCGUUUGUAUUUAUAUCUACAUAAUAAUUACACACAGUACACACACGUAUAUUGGGCAAUUUUCAAUAAUCGUUUGACAACCCUAGAAAAAAUAUUUAAAUUGUGAAGUACAAUUGUUAGUGUACAUUAGUAUUGUUAAAAUUAAUUUGACUGAUUUCUAUGAUCAAAACUGGAAAAAUGAUAACUAUUACAAUCAAUGAAGGGUUUUUUGGAUGGUGGAAAUGCACUUAUUCGUCAUGAAAUGUUACAAUAUGUUAAAAAAAUAAUAAUUUUAUUUAAUUAAUUUUUUUCUAUUUGACAUUUGUUCAUGAGAUUCACCUAAUUAAAGUACUCUGGAGUACAACAGCUCUUUUUAAAUAAAAAUAAAUGAUGUAAUGCAAAAUUAGGUCUGAUGCAGUUGUGACACGUCACCGUGUUUUAAAACAUAUUUAAGUUUUUACGUUUUUUUACUUUUUCCAAAUGUUUUAGUCCCCGCCCCUUCUCCCUCGCGCAAACCCAAUCGAAAUAUUGCAAUAUCGGUAAUUUUCUUGGCCCAAUCACAUCCCUGCGCCAGCUGAAGGGUAUUUAUGCAUCAAGUUGCUUUCCACGUGUUUUUUUUUCUGGUGCCUCAUCUCUCUCAAUCUGUUGAGAGCGUAUGCCAAACCGGGCUCCCGCCUGUGCACGGGGGCCGUGGAUAACAUCACUACAUGUACGGACGAACUUAUGUACUGUAAAACAUAUAUAAGCUAGAAACAAUUUUCUCUUGGAUCUGUAAUCACACAAUGAGAAUUGUUUCCUUUAUGUCGUCGUAAUGUGCUUUGCAUUAGAUAAAUGCAUUUUUUUCUACUUAGUGCCGUCACGGUUGAUAAGCUAAAUCGCUGAGGACAGGUGUUACUGUUCACAAAAACUGGCAGCUGAUCGCUUCCUGUCGAAAUGAAGCUAUCUGGACAUACAUCAUUGAAGGCUUCAACUCAUUAAUGGGACUGUGCUUGAGUUUCCUUUUUCAAGAAGGGUCAUUGUCUACCACAUGGAGUGAAUUUCCUUGACAUCGUCUUGCCUUUUUACACCUGGUCUUAACUAUUUUAUGCAUUUUUGUUUUUUUUUCCCACUCUAAUUAGCUCAUGUAGGCUUUCGUGAACUAUCAGGUGCUCUACCUACUUAGUAUCUGGACUUAUCAAUACGCUAAAGUCUGUAGCAGUUUCCGAAUGAUCACAUAGGUACAUCGUUUUUAAUAUCGCACCGAGAGCAUCCUGAUUUACAGUGUUUCGGCUAGAACUGUCAUGUAAGAUCUUCUUUUUCUUGUUCUCUUUUUUGGAAGAGAGAUGUCUGUUUUUUUGGAAUUAUAACAUUAUUUUUCCUUUGCAAGGGCUCAUCCUUGAUUUUUCUGCCGCCACCUUCAUCCCAAUAAAAGCGUUAAAUUAUUUCCUUUA